CAGUUCCGCCGCAGGAAGAGAGAGGAGGCGAAAUGGAAGAGGUGGAGGCAAACUCAGGGCUGGGCUGAGCUGACCCCUCCCAGAGCCCUGGGCAAACGGGGUGGGGGAGAGGUGGUAACCUCGGAGGAGGAAAAGAGGGGAACUGGAGGAGGAGGAGGAAGAGAAGGAGGAGGAGACGAAGACCGACGGGAGAAAACAGAGGCAACAUGUUAGGAACCAAAUUUUGGGACCGUUUCAUCCGGCAAAUCAAGAGAAACCCCGGACUUAUCCCGCUAAUCAGCUUCAUUGGCCUGGGGAUGGGCAGCGCUGCACUUUACCUGCUUAGACUCGCCUUACGGAGCCCCGACGUCAGCUGGGACAGAAAAAAUAACCCAGAACCUUGGAAUCGCCUGAGCCCCAAUGACCAGUACAAGGUAACACCACCUCUCCCCAUCCUCCUGAGUGCCCUGCCCCUCGCCCACAAUCUCCUUUCCUGCCUCCCCAAAGUACCCUGACGCUUCAUAGUCUCCAGACUGGAAGUUGGAGCGUUCACAAGUCGCACCCCCCUACUCUCGGGUCCCUUCUUCCUUCUGCCCUUGCAGCUGGGGUCCCAGGGCCCCUUUCCAUAAAGUCGAGGGUCUAACCCGAGGAAUAGAUUGGGGAGGGCUCCCAGAAGAAACCUCCUUCCUUUCCGCCCCUCCUGCUUCUCU